AUGGGCUUCGUUCCCGAAGGUCCGUCGGAUUCCACGCCGCUUAAGCCCGACAGCGAGUCGUCCGAAGCUCCCCCGCACGGCAGCGCAGAUGCCGCCGCGAGCCACGCGCCAGCCGCCGGCCUACCCGCCUUUCAGUACGCCCACCACCCGCACCACCCCCCCGCGCGCGGGGCGUAUCCGCCGCAGUUCCCGCCUCCCCCAGGCUGCCCGUCCGCGGUGGUGGUGGUGGCGCACGGGGCGAGCGGCGGCGAGUUCCCCGUGUUCUCGCCGGCGCCCAUCCCCGGGCUCUACAUGCUGCCGCCGCGGGUGCCGCCCUCGCCGGAUAUGGUCAUUCUGGGCUACGAGACCUGCGCGCCGCCCACGGGGUGCUGUGCGAUGGCGACGCUGAGCGGCGUGGGGUGGCUGGCGGCGAUCGUGGCGUUCAUCUUCUGCUGGCCGCUCACCUGCCUGCCCUGCUGCAUCCCGCAGCUGCACGAGAGGUGCCAGCGUCCCGUGUUCGGCUACCCUCCUGCUGAUCCCGCCCUUGGCUUCCCCGCAGCCCCUCUCUGA